AUGCACUUUGCCUACCUCAAACUCAAAGGUAUCGCUACCACCAUCCGCACGGCCGUGUGGACCGACGUCGGGACGGUCCAGAAUGACGCGGACGAGACUAUCCAAAUCCCCUCUCGGGACAAGAAGCGGUCCAUCACUGUAGACGUCUACCGGCCUCCUGGGCAACGCACCACGCCUGCUAUCCCCACCGCGCCUGGCCCACCUGCCGGCUCCCCUCGUACCCUCAACCUCCGUAUCGGUUCGAAAUCCCCUUCCCCACCUUCCUCCCGCUCCUCCUCCUCGUCUUCCCUCCCCGCCAUCGUGCACGCAGAAGGCGCCUACCUCGUCAACUUCCACGCGUCCUACUCUGUCCUCGACGCUCUCCGGCGUACAGACGUCCACUUCCUCCAGAAGAUGGCCAACGAAACCAACCAUACCGUGUACGACGUGCACUACCGCCUGGCGCCCGAACACCCCUUCCCCGCGGCGUUCGAGGACGGUGAGGACGUCAUCGCCUCCCUGCCCCCUUCAUCCUCCAUCUCCCUCUCUGGCUUUGCCUCCGGCGGGAACCUAGCCCUCUCCCUCUCCUCCUCGUCGUCCGUCGCCCCCCGCGUGAAAUCUGUAUUCACCCUCUACCCCCUCGUCGACUAUACCAUCCGCGAAAAGGACCUUCGGGCGCCGGACGAGUCUGUACCCCCUCGUAUGGCUCCCGAGGCCGCGGGGCUUCUGAACGACUGCUACCUCUACGGCGGGGCGGAUCCCAAAGAUCCCCGCGUGUCGUCGGCAUUCGCACCGGUCGCAUCAUACCCCAAGGACGUCUUCAUCUAUACGGCGGCGCAGGACCCGCACUGCGUGAGCGGGGAGAGCCUGGUCAACAAGUUGAAGGAGGCGGGGAAAGACGUUAGGUGGAAGCGGUACGAGGGAUGUGGGAGCUUCUUUGACAAGAAGCCGGAGCCGGGUGCGGACCCACAGAAGGCCGAUGCGGCGAGGAAGGAGGUGUAUGCUGCGUUCGCGGAGUUUUUGAAGGCGCAGGCGGCGGCAUAG